CGCAGAGAUUGGCGGCAGUAUUUGCUUACUUCGCGAGGCGGGCUGUUAAGGUUUUCAGCAUGGUUGUGUCAAAGACUGUUCCCAAGCCAAAGACCCAGAAAACUCCUUCAAAAAAGAAGCAGGCUGUGAAGUAUAGUAUUUGUAGCUCACCUGGAGUUAUCGAUGAAGAUAUCAUAAGCCCAGCUUUACUCGAAAAAUACUUGAAGGAGCAUAUUAAAGUGAAUAAAAAGUUGAACAAUUUGGGUAAAGAUGUUCACAUUGAUCGAGACAAGUCCACCAUAAAUGUUACAUCUAACAUUCCAUUCUCUAAAAGAUAUUUGAAGUACUUGACAAAGAAGUUCUUAAAACGUCAUAAGCUUCGUGACUUCCUGCGAGUAGUAGCCAAAUCAAAAGACUCCUAUGAGUUACGAUUCUACAACUUCGAGAAUGAAGACUCUGAUGACGAAGAAGAGAAUUAAUUGUUUCAUCUAAUAUAAGUAUGGUUACUUGUCAGAAUCAUAUUUUUUAUGUUCAUGCUUCGGAUUCAUCCAAUACCAUGGGUAGUCAGGAAUGGCGACUAAUAUGUAGGUCCUUCACUUCUACACGAACUGGGUUAUCGGUUGGGACUGGUAUGACUGACAUCUUCAAUUUAGGCGAGAGCUUAAAGCCUACUGUCAUAAUGCGUUCUUGAGUUGUAAAAGGAGCUUUUUGAUGUUAACCCAUCUUGGUGUAUAAUGUAUUCUUGUGCAUGUAAACCUAUG